AUGUCAAACCUCAAUACAAUAAUAAAACCCUCCAAAUCUAAUAAUAAUGACGUCGAUUCCAACCCAACGUCAAUGGCAGGCCAUGUUGGGAUGAAAGACAUGGGUGCUAGAGUUGAGCGUGAUCAAAUUGAUAAACCACAAAAGAAAACCCCCGUCUCAUCUGAUUCUAUUGAAUUUAAUGAUAUGGGUACUAUCGAAGAUUUAUCUUAUUAUCCUACUACCAAUGAUAAUCGUCAAGUAUUGAACCUUUUAAUGAUAGAGAUCCAUAAAAAACUCCCCGAUACUACUCACGAUGCCAUAAUUUCUGCCACUGAUGUAGUAUUGGAGAUUUUAAAGAAUGAUGAAUUGGAUGCUUCCACUAAGCGUAAAGACAUUGAUGAGUUGUUGGGUACAAAACUAGAUGAUUUGGAAUUCAAUGAAUAUUUGAACCUUUCAAAUCGGAUCACAGAUUAUGGAAUUAGUGACAAUCAAGAAGAUGAAGAUGUUGAAAUUGCCUUUGAAGAUGAAGACGAUGAACAACCUGAUGAAGUGAUCGAAGAUGAAGUCAAUGAGGAUUCAGUCAAACCCCAUGAUAUACCGUUGGAUGAUACUAUCAACGGUGAAGAUGCUAUCAUACGAUCAACAUCCACAAAUGAAUCAUUAUCCACAAAAACGAUUUCUGUGGUCGAAAUCCACAAAAACUAUUUAGAUGAUUUUAAAUUGAAUGAUGAUUUCAAACAGAAAUUCUUAAACAUAGAAAUUGCCACAAAAGAUUUCAAAGAUGAAAUAGAUCUUGAACCCAAAUCAUUAGAGAAAUUGUUGGAUAAUAGAUGGAAAAUUGUGUUCAAAUUGAAAUAUUUAGAAUCAGGAUUAGAUGCCAUCAAACAACAACUUCUUGAUAUGAACAUGUCAGAUCUUUUAAAUGAGUUUGUGGCACUCGAGAAUCCACAAACGAAAAAAAGAAAAUUAUCUGAAACUGAAGAUUCAGAUUCAAAGAAGAUCAAACCUGUGGUCAGACAACCCAAACUUGUUGACUUGAGUUCCUUGAUAUUCGACCAAGGGUCUCGUCUUAUGGCUUCCACAAAGGUCAAAUUACCCAAAGGUUCGUACCAACAGAAUAAGAAACUGUACGAUAUAAUCAGUGUACCACCACCAGAGAUUUCCCAGGAAAUCAUCGAUGCUAGAAAUAAUUUAGUUCCUAUAAGUACCUUACCUUCAUGGGCUCAUGAAGCAUUUCCCCUGGGAGAAACUUCUACUUUGAACGUUGUACAAUCAAAAAUCUAUCCCAUGGCGUUCGAGUCUGAUGAAAACAUAUUACUUUGUGCUCCUACCGGGGCUGGUAAGACCAAUGUUGCCAUGUUAACUAUACUACGGACCAUUGGUAAUUUCAGGGACAAGAAUGGAAAAAUCCGUCUUAAUGAUUUCAAAAUCGUUUAUAUAGCACCAUUGAAAGCCUUGGUUUCGGAACAAAUGAGAGAAUUCCAACGGAGAUUGACUAGUUAUGGUAUCACCGUCAACCAGUUAUCGGGGGAUUCCUCUUUGAGUAAGUCGGAGAUUGUAGAUACUCAAAUCAUCAUCACCACGCCGGAAAAAUGGGAUGUUAUCACCCGUAAAACCACCGACUCGUCCUACGUCAACCUUGUAAGGUUAGUGAUCAUUGAUGAGAUCCAUUUGUUGCAUGAUGAGAGAGGUCCCGUGUUGGAGAGUAUCGUUAGCAGAACUUUGAGACAUGUAGAAGAAACCGGGCUUCCGGUGAGAUUGGUAGGAUUAUCUGCUACGUUACCUAAUUAUGAAGAUGUAGCUAAAUUCUUAAGAGUGGAUAAGGGAUUAUUCUUCUUCGAUGCUGCCUAUAGACCGUGUCCUUUAGAACAGAAGUUUGUGGGGAUCAAAGAGAAGAAAGCUAUCAAGAAACUUGCUGCUAUGAAUGAAGCUUGUUAUGAUCAACUUGAAGGGUGUAUGGCUAACAAUCACCAGAUGAUUAUUUUCGUUCAUUCAAGGAAGGAGACUUUCAAGACAGCUCAUUGGUUGAAGGAAAAGCUCACCAGUGAAGGUAAAUUGGAUGGAUUCUUGAACGGUGCGGGAGUUAAGGAGAUCUUGACCCUGGAAAGUGAUAAUAUGACCAACGAGAGCUUGAAAGAUAUCCUUCCUUCGGGUAUAGGUAUCCAUCAUGCGGGUUUGAACAAGGAUGAGAGAAGUGUUGUGGAAGAUUUGUUCGCUCAGGGUCAUUUGAAGGUGCUUGUUUCCACCGCCACAUUAGCUUGGGGGGUCAAUUUACCUGCCCAUACGGUAGUAAUCAAAGGUACAGAGACUUAUUCUCCUGAACGAGGGAUCUGGGUACAAUUAUCACCACAGGAUAUCCUUCAAAUGUUAGGGAGAGCUGGUAGACCACGGUACGACAAGAGUGGUGAAGGGGUUAUCAUCACAUCACAAGAUGAAAUCCAGUACUAUUUAGCCAUUCUUAACCAGCAAUUACCCAUAGAAUCUCAACUCAUGAGUCGUUUGGCCGAUAACUUGAACGCUGAGAUCGUUCUAGGAACAGUGACAUCGUUAGAAGAUGCUGUUGGUUGGUUAAGUUAUACCUACUUAUACAUCAGAAUGUGUAAAAGUCCCGGUUUGUACCAUGUAGGUAGUGAUUACAAAGAUGAUGAAACAUUAUAUUGGAAACGUGUCGAUAUGGCCCAUUCUGCCCUUACGGUCUUACAGGAAAAUAAGCUUAUUUCCUACGACAAUGACCUGAAGAUGGUACGACCAACGGAACUUGGAAAAAUCGCUUCUCACUAUUAUAUCAAAUAUGAUACCAUGAACAUGUAUAACUCCAUGUUAAAGCCAUGGUUGACUGAAAUAGAUAUCUUGUCGAUAUUUUCUCGUUCCGAUGAAUUCAAAUACAUUCCUAUUCGUCAAGAAGAGAAAUUCGAAGUCAAAAAAAUGACCGAGAAGUGUCCAAUCCCUAUCAAAGAAUCAUCAGCUGACCCGUUAUCCAAGAUUAAUGUCUUAUUACAAUCAUACAUCUCCAGAUUAACCUUGGAUGGGUUUGCUUUGAUCUCCGAUAUGAUCUAUGUGACCCAAUCUGCAGGUAGAUUGAUUAGAGCUAUCUAUGAAAUCUGUUUAAGGAAGAAUUGGUCGUCAUUAUCGAAGAUAACUUUGAAUUUGUGUAAGAUGAUUGAACGAAGAAUGUGGUUGACUAACUCCCCAUUGCGUCAGUUUGGUUCUUUGGCUUCUAAAGAGAUCAUUAGAGCCACUGAAACUUCUCAUCUUCCAUUUGUCACUUAUUUCAAUUUAUCUCCUGAAACUUUAGCCGAAGCCAUUAAUUUGAAAGGUAAUAGUAAGCGAGCUUAUCAGUUAUUACAACAGUUCCCCAAACUUACCCUUAGUUACUAUGCUCAACCAUUAACGUCGGAUUUAUUGAGAGUUCAAGUGGAAGUUGUUCCUGAUUGGGAUUGGAAUUUCUCCAUUCAUGGGAAUUCUCAACAAUUCUUGAUGUUGGUAGAGGAUUGUGAUGGUGAUACUACGUUAUAUCGAGAUCUGGUUGUAAUUGACCGAUACCAAGAGAAGAAAUCGUUAUUGCUCGAAUUCACCGUACCAUUGGUUGAACCCAUUCAACCUAAUUAUUAUGUGACUUUCAUCAAUGAUAAAUGGCUUCAUUCUGAAUUCAGAAUCCCUAUCAAACUUUCAGAUAUCAAAGUUCCUAAGAAAUCCACUAGUUUUACCAGAUUAAAUAAAGAAGUUUUAAAUGUUUCGGGGUUACAAGUCCGAGAAUUUGAAGAAUUAUUUGAUUUUAAGUAUUUCAAUGGAUUCCAAAGUCAAGUGUUCCAUUCUUUGUAUAAUACUGACGAUAAUGUGUUUAUAGGGAUGUCUAAAGGAUGUGGAAAAACAGUCUGUGGGGAAUUAGCUAUGUUAAAUCAUUGGAGAGAAGGUAGAGGUAGAAUACUUUACCUUAAUCCGUCAAUUAAGAUCAUUGACAAAUUGACUAAAUAUUGGGGACGUAAAUUCAAUGAUAUCGGUGGUGGUAAAAGUGUCGAUAAGCUUAGUGGAGAGCUAACUAGUGAUUUGGCGACACUUUCCGAGAACCAUUUAAUUCUUGCUACACCUGAUCAAUUUGAAUAUAUAGCUCGAAGAUGGCGUCAAAGAAAAGUCGUUCAAGCCAUUGAAAUGGUGGUAGCUGAUGAUAUUCAUAUGUUAGGUACACCAGGGAUUAACUAUGAGAAUUGUAUUGCUAAGAUGAGAUUCAUUUCUACACAAGUUGAUCAUCCUAUUCGAUUCAUAGCUUUGGGGAAUCCUUUGGCUACGGGAAGAGACUUUGGUGAUUAUUUGGGAUGUCCUAAACAAUCGAUUUAUAAUUUUGAUCCUGCUGAAAGGUUUCACAAAAUCGAGGAAAUCAGAUUACAAGGGUCUACGUAUAUGGAUACUCAAGCUUUGGUUAGCAAUAAUGUCUAUCUGACGUAUAAAUUCUGUAAAGAAAAUACUAAGAAUGGUAGUAGCAUGGUUUUUGUGGCCAAUUUCAAGACCUUAUUGGACGUAGCUUUUAAUUUUGAAUCAUUAGCUGAAACUGAUGACUGGAAGUUAAGCAGAACCGAUGAACAUUCGUUACUCCACCGAAUUGGAGACCAUAAAGUGAAAAAUUUAUUGCAGAAAGGGAUUGGGAUCUUGCACGACCAUAUGACACUGAUUGAACAAGCGGUGGUGAUGAAAUAUGUCAAUGAAGGAUGGGUCCUGGUGGUCGUAGCUACUGCUGAAUGUGCUGAAUAUUGUCCUGGUGUUAAUAAUGUGGUCAUCUUAGGAACGGAAUACUAUGAAGGGAAAGAACAUCGAUAUAUAGGAUAUUCCAUCAACACUAUUCUUGAGAUGAUCGGAUGUUGUAAGGAUGAAUUGAAUCAAGGGAAAGUUGUUAUCCAUACCAAAAAUAGUGUUAUCAAUCAUUAUUCUCGUUUAAUCAAUGAUGGAUUACCAUUAGAGAGUUACUACCAAUCACAUAUCCAUGAUAUUUUCAUCAAUGAAAUCACCACUCGAGUAUUAAAGAAUCGUCAAGAUUGUAUUGAUUGGUUAACAUUCACCUAUUUCUAUCGAAGAUUACAAUUAAACCCCAGUUUCUAUGAUGUUAAAGAUGUUUCUCAUAUGGGGAUUUCGGCGUUUUUAUCCGAUUUGGUAGAAGAUACUAUUAAAGAUCUUGUUGAUGGAGGGUUAGUUGAAGAUGAAGAUGAAAAUAACGAUGAAGAAGAUGAAGACGAUGAAGAUACUUUAGUUUCACCAUUGAAUGGUGCCUUGAUAGCUUCUCAUUAUGGUGUAAGGUACCAAACCAUGAUGGAACUUAACAAACUCGAUAACAAAUCCAAAUUAAGAAGUAUUCUUGAAAUCAUUUGUUCUGCUAGUGAAUUCGAAGAUUUAUCUAUCAGAUACAAUGAACCCAUACUCCUCGAAAAAAUCUAUAACCAAGUUCCUGUCAAGUCUAACAAUGUUGAUUUUGAGUCACCAUACUUUAAGACGUUUAUUCUUCUUCAAGCGCAUUUUUCUCGCUUGAAACUUCCUAUAGAGUUAGGGAAAGAUUUGAAGUUCAUUUUGUCCAAAGUUUUGAAUAUCAUCGGUGCUACGGUGGAUUUCUUGUCCAGCGAAGGGUACCUUAAUUCCAUUCAGGCCAUUGAUUUAUCGCAAAUGAUAGUUCAAGGUUUGUGGAAUAGAGAUUCACCUAUCAAGCAAUUACCUCAUAUUAAUGAAGGGAUCUUGAGUCGUUGUAAGAAGUAUAAUGUGGAAACUGUUUAUGAUAUAAUGACGUUGGAGGAUGAUGAAAGAGAUGAUUUAUUACAACUUGAAGGUGAACAGUUGGAAGAAGUGGCGGAAUUUGUUAACAAAUAUCCGAACGUUGAUAUUUCUUAUGAAUUACCCGGAGAAAUAGUGGCUGAUGAACCUUCAGAAGUGAUCAUUAAUUUAGAAAGAGAUGAAGAUGUGGAUGAUUUAGAUGUGGUGGCACCAUAUCCUGGAAAGAAAGAACAAUGGUGGGUAAUUAUUGGUGAUAGUAGUACCAGACAAUUAUAUGGGAUCAAGAAAACUACUAUUGCUAAGGAACAACAACAAGUUAAAGUAGAUAUCACCAUACCUAAUAGUGGAGAACAUGAAUUGACGGUGUGGGUGAUGUGUGAUUCGUACCUUGAUGCCGAUAAGGAGUUGAAGUUUAAGUGUACAGUAGAUUAA